AUGAGCCCACCCGGGAUGGUGAGGGUAAGGCACUUCGAGUUCUUGUGCCAUUCUCAUGGCAUUGAGCCAUCUGUAGAUAAGUUUCGUGCUUUCUAUCAGUUGCAGAGGACAAUGGGGUUCUUUUCUUUUGCGAGCCGUGGUGCGGCGAAGAAGAUUUUACUGAACCCACCGAAGAGCUUCCAUGACUGGAAACCUAAGUUCUUCUUUAUCAGGGAAGAGGUUUUGCCGGUUGCCAUGCCUUUUAGGGACUGGACCGAGGCCAUACCAAAGGAAGAUCUUCCCAUUCCAAAAACUGCUCGGUGGUACCAGCAGCUAACCCCAACCCCAAAUCGGGUGUUUGGGGAAAAUGUGUUAGUUGCUGCUAAGAUGAGUGACCAGUGGUUACCUAGCAGUAGGGAGGUUCCGGUUUUGAAGAUCGGCGAUCAAGAAGCGCAACUCUAUCAAGCUGCCUUCUCGACAUUUGGUGGCUCCAUGGGUGUUCGCCCAUUGCGCGAUGACGAGGAAAGCUGGUUUGACCAGAUUAAAGGCAAUUUCAUGUUUCCAGCUGCUGAUGCCUUCGCUUCGCCGCCCACCGCUACUGAAGGCUUGUCACGUGUAGCUAAGGGAAAAACUGGUGCUGGUGGGUCGAAAAGCUCUGGGAGCGCGGGUUCUCGUAACCCUGAAGCUGGCGCGACUCCAUCUUUUCCUGAAGAUGACGAAGCAGAAGAAGAAGAUGCCGGUGCUCAGCUUAUUGGGCGGAAGAGGGGUAGGAGCGAAGCCACGACUGGUGUGGCUUCCGCCCCUACAUCUGUUGUGAUUCCCGCGGUUGGGAAAACGAGCAAGCUGCGCUCGUUAUACAAAUUUUCUCCUGAAAUCAAGAAGAAGACCCCUGAGAAGGGUGUCACGUUCAGUGAGGCUGCGGCGAAGAGGCCCAAGAUUACCGUCAAGUCCACUGACACUGCUGCUCAGGAUGCCGCGAAGGCUGCUGAGGCGCAGCGAAAGGUGGAGGAGGAUCGGAAGAGAGAGGAAGAGAAGAAGAGGGUUGCGGAGGAGAAAAAGAAGGAAGAAGAAGAGAGGAAGAAGAAAGAGGAGGAGAGAAAAAGAAAGGCGGAGGAAGAGCGUUUGAAGAAGGCGGAGCAGGCGAGGUUGGCCGAGGCGGCGAAGAAGAGGGCCCUUGAGGAGUUGGAGAAAAAGAAAGCCAUGGAGCAGCCUGUUAAUGUUCAAGGCCCUGAGGUUACAAACCCUACUCACUCCGCUCCUGUCAUUACUUCUAAGGGUGCGGGUCGACAUGCUUCAAGCAGUGCGAGCUCUGGUGGUGCAGGGGGCUUUAACCCGAACGUGAUCGGGGCGAAGGAUACCGUCGGCGAUAUCUAUUACAAAACUUAUAGUGAAGAAGAGCGCGGCGAUGCUCCUCACCAAGCCCCUUGGAGCUUAAAGCAGAAAGAUACAUUUCAUGAAUUUGCCCCUUGCCGCGAGUGGUUCUUGAAUUCGUUCACCCCUGCAGAAGUUAACCGGCAAAGGGCGAAACCUCAUGAAAUGUUAUAUCGCACCUUUAUUCUUGGAGAGGCCAACGCUCGUGCUGCCAACCACCAGAUAGUCCGUGAAUGGCGAACGAUGAAACUUCAUAAUGUUGAAGAGCAACUGGCCAAAGAGAAGGCCGAGUUUAAACGUAUUUGUGCCCAAGACAACGAGCGCGCCUAUGCGGCUCGACAGAAGAUAGUUGAUCUUGAGGCUAAAGUUGCUGACUUGACCUCGAAGGUAGAGGAGGCGCAGGGAGAGAAGGCUGCUAAGCAACAGGUGGAGGUUGAGUUGUCUGAGAUCAAGGUGCAGUUGUCUAACAAGGACAGAGAUCUCCAUGCUAAGGACGUUGAGAUUGCGGAGCUCAAACGUCGCUUGAACGAGCAAAUCGACAGAUGUGAGUCGUUGGAAAUCGACCUGGAGGCCGAGAGGGUUAAAGCUGCUACGGCUGAGGAGGCGCGUGCUGUUAGCACUGCUGCGCUGAAUGUGGCCCAAACCAACUACUCCGAGGCUCAAGGCAUCGUCGAUACGCUUGUCUCAGAAGCUGAAUGGAUGCGCACUCGUGGAGUAGUGCUGGUUGCCAACUCCAUCUUGAAUGCUGGUGAGCUAGACCGCGCCGUUGCUGGUCUUACGGAUGCGGCGCGUGCGGUGGGUCACCGAGGUGGUUACUUAGAAUGUGCCAGUCACGUUGAGCAGAUACUAGGGCAAGAAUUCGAUGUAAGCCAUUGCUCGGUGACUGAUCGUGCUGAUGCUGCGCUUGCACAAGCUGAAAACUCGUAUGACAACCUUUCCUUGCCUAUCAUGGAUCUGGUUGUGGAAUCCUUGAAGAAAGACGACUGGUGCCAGCGCCUUAAAGCUGUCCUCGAUCCACCAGUUACUGUUGAGUUAUCCGAUGAAGAGCCAGCUGGUGAUGAUGGUGGCGAUGGCGAUGAUGAUGGCAAUGAUGAUGAUGGCGAUGAUGAUGGCGAUGAUGACGGCGAUGAUGAUGGUGACCGUCAUGUUGAAUAG